AUGGGUGCCGCCUCAUGUAAAAGUUCAAAAUCGUUUCCGGUAAAUCAACAAAAAGACGAUAAGAAUAAUAUCACUAUCGGUAUAUUUGGUCUUGAUGAUGCCGGUAAAACAUCAACAGUUAGAGCAAUUGAAGGAGAUCCAACGGAUAAUGUUUCACCAACAAUGGGUUCAAAUUCAACAAUGGUAACACAUCCAUUGAAUGAAAAAAAUGAUCGUAAUAAUAAAAAUAAAAAUCAACAACGUAUUCGAAUGAUUGAUGUAAGUGGUGAGAGAAAAUUUCGUCAAUAUUCAUGGUCACAAUAUUAUGAUGAAAUUCAUGGUUUAAUAUUUGUAAUUGAUGCAAGUGAACGAGAUCGAUUUCAUGAAAAUCAAGAAACUUUAGAAGAUUUACUUGAAAAUGAUAAACUUAAAGAUAAACCAAUUCUAAUUUUGGCAAAUAAACAAGAUCAGAGAGGUGCUAUUAGUAAUGAAUAUGAUUUAAAACGUAGACUUAAUAUUGAAAAAUUAAAAGCAAAACAUAAAAUUGAAUUAUGUACAGCAUUACCUCAAGAUGAUAAAAAUAAAGUAGAUGAAUCAAUUCGAAAAGGUUUUUCAUGGUUAAUUCGAACAAUUGAUGAUAAUUAUACUGAAUUAAAUUUACGUGUUACAAAAGCAAAAAAUAAUCGAACAAAUAAAAAAUUUAAUCAAUUUGAUAAUGAUGAAAAUAAUAAUGAUAAUAAAUAUUCCAAAGCAAAAAUUACUUCAGAAAAACUUCCAAAUAUCUUUACAAAUAAAAAUAAAAUAAAAGCCGCUAAUGAUGAUGAUGAUGAUGAUGAUGACGAUGAUGUUAAAUUAUCUUCAACAAAUGAUUAUAAUAAGAAAAAAAAAGUAUUAGGUGGAAAUCAAAGUAAUGAUACAUUAAUAAAAAGAUCAACUAGUAAUGAUCCAAAAGCAUUUCGAUCAACAUAUGAAUCAUUUCCUGAAGAAACUCCAUGGUCAACAUCAUCAACACUUAAAAUAACAAAAAGUGAAGAUAUGUUAUCAAGAUUUAGUCCAAAAUUAUCGAUAACAAAUGAUACAAAACGACGAAAUCUGAGUCCUCUUAUACAUGAUACUAAAUCUUAUACAAAUGGUUCAUUAUCAAAACGAGAUAAUGUUAGUGAUGAUGAAGAAGAUUAUUAUGGACAACAAAAAUCAAAAUCAACAAAUCGAUUUGAUAAUUCAUCUUUGUCAACAAAUAAAUUUUCUUCAAAUAUUAAAAAACCAUCAUCAAGUAUAUACGAUGAUGACGAUAAUAUAUAUAAUAAAACAAACGAUCGUCAUACAAUUACAACAUCAAAAAAAUCAUAUAGUCGUUAUGAUGAUGAUGAUGAUGAUGAUAAUGAUAAAUAUAAUUAUUUAAAAACAUCAACAACAACUAAAACAAAUAAAAGUUACGAUUUUAAUGAUAACAAAAAUUAUCAACGAUCAUCCGAUCGUUUAAAUCUUAAUAAUGAAUAUCGAGGAACAUUAUCAAAAACAACAAAUCGUACAAAAUACGAUGAUGAUGAUGAUGAUAAUCGUCCAUCAUCAUCUUUAAAAAAAAAGCCUAAUUCGAGAUUUGAUGAUGAUGAUGAUGAUGAUGAUGAUUAUAAUUCAACAUCUAAGCCCAUAACACGUUCUACCUAUAAUAAUAAUUACUCAACAUCAAAACCAAUAAAUCGUUCGAAAUAUAAUGAUAAUGAUAAUCGUUGGUCAUCAUCAAAAUAUGAUGAUGAUGAUUAUCUAUCUUCAUCUACGAAAUCAACAAAUCUUUCAAAAUUUGAAGAUAAUCAUUAUUCAUCAUCAAAAUCAAUGACACAUUCAAAAUAUGAUAAUGAAGAUCGAUCAUAUUCUACAUCGAAACCAAUAUCACGUUCAAAAUAUGAAGAUGAUGAUUAUCCAACUACAUCAAAAAAACCGAAUUAUUCAUCAUCUUAUAAUAAUAAUAAUUACGGUACUAGUACUUCUCGAUCUCGUUUUGAAGAUGAUGAUGAUUUUUUUACAUCAAAUGGUGAACCAAAUAAUGCAAAUCGAUUUCGAAAACGAACAGAUUAUGACAGUUAA